CGACAUUUCCUUUAGUUGGUUAAUUAAUUACAAACUGUUCAGUUAAUAGUUUUAAAAAUUCACAGUGUAUUAAAUCUCAAGAAUUUAAUGAAAAAAAUUAUUGAUUCACUAUGAUUUAUAAUAGUAACAAGUUAUUGUAUGCAUUAAUCUUUUUUUACACACACAUUUUGGACGUUUCUGAAAGCACGAUUUCAUCUUACCGUCAUCAAUAUGAUGCUUAUGAAGAUUUUGACAUAACUACAAUUUAUAGAGUCACAAAUAUGUCGUCAUUCAAUAGCAGCAAUGGUACCUUCAGUGGAAUGAAUUCAGUUAUUGAAAUACAUUCAAGAACUGAUGCUAUUGGAAUGCCAAUACAAGACGAUGAUGAUGACAUUCAUAUUAUAUCAAUGAAUAUAAAAGAAAUCAUAAAUCUUGGAUCAUUUCAGAACAAUAGUCGAAUGAGUACUUCAUAUAACUCAAAUGAUUGGAAUCGACAAACUAUAAACUUAAAUGGAGACGGUUGUAACAGGAAUGAAUAUCGAUCGAUGGAUUCAGGAAACCAAUUGAAUAAAUGCUAUAAUGUUUAUGAAUAUUAUAACUUUGAAAAAUGUCUGUUACACAGUCACACGAGUAAUGUAUCUCGUUUAACCUGUAAUUUUUUCACGUUUUAUUGGACACCCGAUAAAGAUGAUGAAACAUGUUUAACAAUGACAUAUUAUACCAGAUAUGAAAGACGCAAAAGGCUUUCUCAUAAUAUCACGAUGGAUGUAAAAGAUGAAUAUAAUAAUACGUUGAUAUCUUCAACCGCAUUGACAAAUUAUAGCGGUAUAACAACAUUGAAAAUUACCAACAUAGAUUUUAAGAACAAUCAGGAAUAUAAAUUGUCAUUAAAAUUAACCGUAGAUAUGAAAUAUAUAUUUCAAUGGCUUGAUGAAUAUUUUAAAUUUGGACUCAUACGAAUUGCCCAAUGUCUGAACUAUGAUGAAGAAGAUGUUAGAAUUAUUUCUGUGGAUCAUAUUUCUGGAAAAAAACCAAAACCAUUCAAUAUUCUAGGAAACCGUGUAGUCAAACCUUUUUCUUAUGACGGUCCAUGUUUAAAUGGUGGAUAUAUUAUUGAUGAAUCGUCAAAAUGCAUUUGUCCUUCUGGUUUUAAAGGGCAAUUUUGUGAGACAGGUUGUGGUGUAAACUCCUAUGGAGCCGACUGUAAUGGAGUAUGUUCUAUACAGGCUGAUAAAAUGUGUCGUGGUAUGUUCCUGUGUACAAGUUAUGGAUGUACAUGCCCAGUGGGACUAACCGGUCCAUUGUGUAACGAAGACUGUACAAUAGGUACAUAUGGAGCUGGAUGUAGACAAAAUUGUUCCGACCAUUGUCUUAAUAAUAUGUGUGAUCAAUAUAUAGGUGUCUGCUUAUAUGGUUGUUCAGUCGGAUAUAUACUACCAUAUUGCAGAGAAAAAUAUCAUUACUUCAUUCGCCCACCAACACUGCGUUUUGCCAAUUUUGAUGCAAUUGAAAUAGAAUUGGAUUUUCAAGAAAAAAAUAUAAAAGGAGGAGACAAAAUUAUAAAGCCAAAAUAUUAUCAAUUAUUUUAUAAGUCAUUGAUUGAAAAUACAUAUAAAAGUUCUGAAAUUAAAUCAAUAAGCAACACCAAUAACGCUACAACAGAAGUAAUCAGAGACUUAGAGCUGGAUACUAAAUAUACGGUUGGAGCUUUGUUAAUUGCAGAUGAUGGAAAUUUUAAUGAACAAAAUAUAGUAUAUGGUCAAUAUAAAACCGCGUGUAUUCAACCACAAAUAACUGAUUAUAAGAUAAAAUUAAGGAGUGGAAUACAAAGCAUCAACAUAACAUGGAGCAUAGUAAGUGUUAAAACAUAGAACAAUAUAGUUAAUUUUGCAUCUAUAAUAAUUUAGGUGUUUCUAUGCAAAACGUGUUUUGCAAAAACUGCUUUUUUUCAGGAAUAGUGAUUU